AUGGGCUGCUUCUGCGCGGUGCCCGAGGAAUUUUACUGCGAAGUUUUGCUCCUGGAUGAGUCCAAGUUAACCCUCACCACCCAGCAGCAGGGCAUCAAGAAGUCAACGAGAGGUUCCGUUGUCCUUGACCAUGUAUUCCGUCACAUAAACCUCGUGGAGAUUGAUUAUUUUGGGCUGCGUUACUGUGACAGAAGCCACCAGACAUAUUGGCUGGAUCCUGCAAAAACCCUUGCUGAACACAAAGAACUGAUCAACACUGGACCUCCAUAUACUUUGUAUUUUGGUAUUAAAUUCUAUGCUGAAGAUCCAUGUAAGCUUAAAGAAGAAAUAACCAGAUACCAGUUUUUCCUGCAGGUGAAGCAAGAUGUCCUUCAGGGCCGGCUGCCCUGCCCGGCCAGCACCGCUGCUCAGCUGGGAGCAUAUGCCGUGCAGUCUGAACUUGGAGAUUAUGACCCAUAUAAGCAUACUGCAGGAUAUGUGUCAGAAUACCGGUUUGUUCCUGAUCAGAAGGAAGAACUUGAAGAAGCCAUAGAAAGAAUUCAUAAAACUCUAAUGGGUCAGGCUCCUUCUGAAGCAGAGCUGAAUUACUUGAGGACUGCAAAAUCCCUGGAGAUGUACGGCGUUGACCUCCAUCCCGUCUAUGGAGAAAACAAAUCUGAGUAUUUCUUAGGAUUAACUCCAGUUGGUGUUGUUGUUUACAAGAAUAAAAAGCAAGUGGGGAAGUAUUUCUGGCCUCGAAUUACAAAGGUCCACUUCAAGGAGACGCAGUUUGAACUCAGAGUACUGGGAAAAGAUUGCAAUGAAACUUCGUUCUUUUUUGAAGCUCGGAGUAAAACUGCUUGCAAGCAUCUUUGGAAGUGUAGUGUAGAACAUCAUACAUUUUUUAGAAUGCCGGAGAAUGAAUCAAAUUCAUUGUCAAGAAAACUCAGCAAGUUUGGAUCCAUGAGUUAUAAGCACCGGUAUAGUGGCAGGACAGCAUUGCAAAUGAGUCGAGAUCUUUCUAUUCAACUUCCCCGGCCAGAUCAGAAUGUGGCAAGAAGCCGAAGCAAGACUUAUCCUAAGAGAAUAGCACAGACACAGCCAGCUGGAUCAAACAGCAUAAACCAGGUAACUGCAAACACGGAGAAUGGAGAAAAUGAAGGAACAACUAAAAUUAUUGCACCUUCACCAAUAAAAAGCUUUAAGAAAGCAAAGAAUGAAAAUAGUCCUGAUAUCCAAAGAAGCAAACCUCAUGCACCGUGGGAAGAAAAUGGCCCCCAGAGCGGACUCUACAACUCUCCCCAUGACCGCACCAAGUCCCCCAAGUUUCCCUGUGCACGCCGUCGGAACCCCUCCUGUGGGAGCGACGAUUCUGUCCAGCCAACAAGGAGAAGGAAAGCCCAUAACAGUGGUGAAGACUCAGAUCUAAAGCAAAGGAGGAGGUCCCGCUCGCGCUGUAACACAAGCAGUGGUAGUGAAUCAGAGAAUUCUAACAGAGAACACCGGAAAAAGAGAAACAGAAUACGGCAGGAGAACGAUAUGGUUGAUUCAGCGCCUCAGUGGGAAGCUGUAUUAAGGAGACAAAAGGAAAAAAACCAGGCGGACCCCAACAACAGGCGAUCCAGACACAGAUCUCGCUCGAGAAGCCCUGAUGUCCAAGCAAAAGAAGAGUUAUGGAAGCAUAUUCAGAAGGAACUUGUGGACCCAUCUGGGUUGUCAGAAGAACAAUUAAAAGAGAUCCCGUACACCAAAGUCGAGACUCAAGGUGAUCCGAUCCGCAUCAGACAUUCUCAUUCGCCGCGAAGCUACCGCCAGUACCGCCGGUCCCAGUGUUCCGAUGGAGAGCGGUCCGUCCUAUCGGAAGUGAAUUCAAAAACGGAUCUUGUACCUCCACUUCCCGUGACCCGCUCUUCCGAUGCACAGGGUUCUGGGGGCUCCACAGUUCAUCAGAGGAGAAAUGGGUCUAAAGAUAGCCUGAUUGAAGAAAAACCUCAGACAUCUACAAGCAACCUGGCUGGAAAACACAUAGCAAAAACAAUAAAAACGAUCCAAGCUUCACGCCUCAAGAUAGAGACUUGA